AUGGAAGGAGGUCAGAGAGGAUUUGUUCGCCAUGUUCCUCGCGAAGCGAUUGGUGCAGCGCAUGUUAUGGCGCAUUCGGAGACUCGAUGGGAUUUAGCGGAAGUUUGGUUUGAUCGGCCAUUGGUUUUUUUGCUUGAUAAACUAAAGCUUGAUGAUGUACUAGCCUCCAUAGUUUAA